CCGAGUGGGCGGGGCUUCGGAUGCUUCGAGAAAAUGUCAACAACAUGCCGCAGACUUCCAGAGAAACAGAAAGUGAGGAGGAAAUGAGGGACAGACAACAAAGAAAGGAAGAAACCCCGGUGUCUCAUAACAUCGUGACUUUAAUAUCUCAGUUCGCAGAUGAUAAUUUAACGCUCGUGCGGAAUAUAAGCACUGGACUGGCCAUUGCUGGUGUAAUUGUCAUAGCAAGGAGUAUCAAACUGAUCACAAAAUUUCAAGCUGCGUGUGACAUCCCCACACGUUUUAUUGAGAGGAACGUCAGCCUUCGUGGGAAAGUCCAUUCCAUCACAGAGAAAGGAUUUAAAGUGGAGCACGUCCCAAUUUAUCUGCCUGUUAUCUCUCCAUUACUUUCAAAGUAUAAGGAUGUGUCUACAUCCCUGCUGCUGGUCCAUCUUGCAGGAGUGGAGCUGACACCACAGGGGAAACUAUGGCUGGAGAAGAACGUGGCCCCUUCCCAAAUGGUGUGGUUGAAGCUUAUCAGCCGAGAGGACGACAUAUUGCAUUGUUUGGUGUCUCAAAGCAGGAAGGGGUCAUUGAGGAGCUACUGUAUGAACGAAGAGGUACUCAGGCUCGGACUGGCUCGCACUGCCCCCGUAGCUGGUGUCCUCCCUGACUCGCGCCUCUACUGGCGUCUCCACAGACGACUGCACAGGGCAGAGGUGAAAGCUGAGAGGAAGGGUCGGGGUAUGUGGAAGGAGGACACCCUGUGGGAGAGAACUUCCAAAGCUAUCAGGGACAACGCUGUAUUCAGACUGUUGAAGAGGAUCUUUAAAAGAACCUGAUGCACCAAGUGAGCGAUGAUUUCCAAGUCAGAAUCACAAAAAAGUUUGUUGGAAGUGUGGAAGUGGAAGCCAAAAAUGUGAUAUUUUACAUUCCCUUUAUUGUGCACUUAGGAUUUCUUUAAGUCUUUGAUCUGCUUUAUUUUCUCUAAUACUUAAAAAAAAUUCCCAAGAAGUACAUUUAUACAUCAAAUCCUUAGUGCACCUGUUGCAAACGAUUGAAACGUGUUUUACUGUGUUUCUCAGUCAUAAAAAGCUUGAAAUUCUUAAAAA